CGCUUAAUUUAUCUCAAAAAACAUAAUCUUACUAAUGCGUAUUUGCACCACAAAUGCCUCACUCGUCAAGGGAAAUAUAAGCCGAGAAGCCCGUACGAGGAAAACCUUAAUUAUCUCAUCGAUCAUAUCUCUAAGUAUCAUUUUCGGGACGGUUUCAGACACAGCGCAUGGUGAGGCUCCGAAUUCCGGCAACUUUGUAUUCCAAUGCCGUGGAGACUCCUACGGGUCUAUAUGCGGUUCUUGCUAUGCCACCGCUGUGGCCGGGCUUCGUAAGAGAUGUCAGAGAUACAAAGGAGCAAUAAUAUGGUAUGAUCAAUGUUUUCUCAAAGUAAGUACGAUCAACUCCCCUCCAACGAAGAUGGAUUACGAGAAUACUUUUUCUAUGCACAACCCAAACAACAUCAACGGGGAUACUCAGUUGUUCAACCAAAAGAUGAAGAAUUUCCUCUAUGAGCUAGCGCUGAAAGCGGAUAAACCCAAAGCGGACGGUACCGGUUUGCUAUAUUACGCGGCAGGGACGAAGAGGCUCGGGAAGAAUAAACUGUAUGCAAUGGUGCAGUGUACUUUAGACAUAUUUCAUUGUAAGGUUUGUUUGGAAUGGAGUAUUAAGGAGCUUUCAAAGUGUUGUGAAGAACACAUUCUCUUGACAACUCUUUAA